GAUAGUUGCCCUCUCUGCCGGAGUAAAGUCUUCUCACUGUGGCAGCUUGUAGGAGGGAAAACAAACCAGAAGUUUUGAGAUACAGAACAAGGAAGGAGAAAGAAGAAAAGAGAGAGCCGUCUUCAAACCACAUUUUCUCGCAGGUAGAGAGAGCUGUGAGUGUGUGAAUCUACCUCUCUGAAGUGAGAGAUAGAGCUCCCACAGGGUUGACUGAGAGGGCUGUAUGUAGGUUAUAUACAGUCAUGGCAUCAGCAGCUUCACCAAAAAGGAUGGUGUCCUCUGUCUUUAUCACUCUGGCAUCUCCUUACCGAGCCACUGUGACACAGCAGCAGCCCGCCCUCCAAGCUCACAGUGCCCCUGCUAGAGACAAGCAGCACACUGCUGUGCGAGUCAGCCCAGGUGACAGCAUCCCCGCCCUCAGACAUAGGAAAGAGGACCAUUCACCAUCCGACUCUCACAGCAGCAUGGACAGCAAAGACCGGACUCGCGCAGGGGCUUCAGCCCGAGCUUCAGGCCAACAGAGUCCCAAACCCGCCCAACCUGGACCCAGCAGAGGAAAGUUGCAAGAAGUCGACAGAGGUGCUGCAGAGCUCUUCCCUCCUCGUCCUCCUCCUACCCCUCCUGCUGCUGCUGCACUGCCUUCAUCUCUGGGAGCAGCGAUCCCUGAAGAAUCGGCACUUCCACCACCUCCUCCUGUCCAGACACCUCUCUCACACCCUCUGACCCCAGGCCAGCAGCCAGUUUACAACAGAGAGGUGGAAACAAGCACACCAUCUAGUGGGUUAAACCAAGACGAACAGUCCCAUGGGAUCCAUAAAAACGGCCAAGACACAGGCAGUAAAGAGGUGUGUGGCUUCUGCCGGAAGCCUGUGGCUCUUUCUGAACCCGCGAUAGAGGCCUUAAACAGGACCUACCAUGAUGGUUGCUUCCAGUGUAGAUCUUGUCACAUUCCCCUGGCUGGUAAACACUACUACAACAAGGCAGGAAUUCCACUCUGUGAAGCCUGCUACCAGACCAGUCUGGAACUUUGUUGGGCAUGUGGGGAAGUCAUCACGGACCAUGUGAUCCGUGCAUUGGAGCGAGCAUACCACCCUUCUUGCUUCACCUGUACAACAUGUAAACAGCAAAUUGGAGAGCAAGCUUUUGCUCAGGGAGAAGUUGGAGAGGUGUAUUGCCUCCAGGACUACUACAGGAAGUAUGCUCCAAAGUGUAAUGCCUGUAAGCAGCUAAUUAUUCCAAAAGAGGAUGGUACUGACAGCUACACUGUUGAAUGUCUUGGGCGCUCCUACCAUGAGAACUGCUACAGAUGUGAGGUCUGUGUCAUCCAGCUUUCUCCUGAACCAAAUGAGCACGGCUGCUAUCCUUUGGAUGGGAAGAUGCUUUGCAAAUCUUGCCAUCUGAACCUGGUUUCUGGCCAGCACUAACGCAGGCCUUGUUGCCCAUGAUAAACUGCAACCAACGGAAAAGCCGCAUGUCCAGGUUUAAAGAGAUGGGAGACUGUGCAUGUGCGAUUAAGAUUCUAGCAUACGAAUGUCACACAUCUUUUUUCCAAUAGAACAUUAGUGAAAUAUGGUUAUUUUUUAUAAUAUAUCAUGCUUUCUGAAGAUCCUCCUAUUCCUCUUUUAUACUUGAUAAUUUUGCACUCAAUAAACUCUUCAAAAUGCACCAAAUAUAUUUAUGCAACAGACUUACCACAGAAAUUAUUAGAAAUUUUUGUAAGUCUUAAUCAGUAUACUGUUUCUCAAUCAUGUUAACCCUUUAUAUAAAAAAAAAACUUUAUAUAAAAAACACAAAAACUUUUAUAUAAAAAUAAACUAAUAUAUUUUAUCUCGAGGCAGGCUUCAACAUACAUAACAUUUGUUAUAUUACACAUACAAUAUCAAUAAGUAUUAAGAUGUGAAAAAACUUUACAAUUCAAUUCAUGAUUGUGUAAGUGAGAUGAUAAACUGCAAUCAAACUCAUGCAAAACCUUUUUCCUGAAUAUAGAAGGUGAAUUGAAACACAUUUAAAUAUGUUUUUUGUCAUCCUAGCAGCCAAGACCUCUGCAUUUAAAGCUGCAACAACUUUAGGCAGUGUCCUGAAUUCACACUAUGCUGGGUUUAACCUUAACAAUCAGGUUAAGUAGUUAAAAAAAAAAAAAACCUU